UAAAAUUAUGAGAUGGAGCCCCUCUCUUUCUCCUUCCCUCUGUGUCUGUGUGAGAGAUAGACUUUUAAAGAGAGACAGAAAGAGAUCGAAGUGCCUCACUUGGAUCUAUAUAUAAAUCUUGCCUUCUUUAUAUAUCUACCAAUAUCUCUAUCAUCUAUCAAAUAUGAGGAUUCGCAAGAACGCAAAACUCUCCUCCCUCAUCUUCUCGCACGCUUCGGGGCCUGAGGCGCUCCAGACACACGUGUGCCAGCUGAACCAGUCGCCAUGGGAUGUGAUUCCUUUCGCUCAAGAGACUUGCCCAUCUUCGCUUCACCAGUUAGAAGGAGAAGAUAGCUUUAAUGGAAAUGGGAGCUUAGGUGAUUCUAUUGGGGCUGUUGAGAGCAGCGCCGCGUCGUUAAUGGAAGACUCAGAAGACAAGGUAGCGAUAAAGAUGAGGGUCGAUAACAUGGUCAUCCACGAUAAUUAUGGAAUGGAAGGGAUCCCAGAGAAGAAGAGAGUGUUCGACGAUUACGGAGUGCUGAAAAUAGGUAACGAAUUCAAGUUUAAGAAAGGCGAGAAAAUCCACUGCUGUAACAAAAGUGAUGGUAAGGGCUGGCAUUGCAAGAAUGAGCCGAGAGAAGGUCACUCUAUGUGCGACCAUCACUUGCUCAAAUCCUAUGUCAACAACAACAAUGUUACUUGCUGUCUUGGUCUCCCUACUAGUCCGACCAGCAAGAAACAAGAAAAGGCUAUAACUGGGGUUCGCCGGGGCCGGGCAAAAGGAGCCAAGAAAGGGUCAUCAUCGAGCUCGAAUCCUUAUGAAUUUUACUAUUAUUCUGGGUUUGGGCCACUGUGGGGGAAGAGGAGAGGGGAAGGGAACAAAAGCGGGGUUAAAGAAACUGAGAUUGACGGCAUUAGCAUUGCCGCUGUGUCCACAUCUCAAAAUACGACGCCGUCUUCUACGCUUUCGCCAAUUGAAAAUCACGAAGAGUUCGAUUAUGUGGAUGAGGACGACGACGACGACGAGGAUAGCGAAAAUGCCGAUAGCGGGAAGAAGCGGAUGCGAAAACCAGUGAAAGCAAGAUCCUUGAAGUCCCUCAUGUAAGAAAAGAGGGUUUUGGGGGCCGAGGAAAAUUCAGCUGCUUCUUGUUUUUAUUAUUUCUGUGUUUAUUAUCCGUUGUUUUUUUUUUUUUUUUUUUUUUUUUCUUUGCUGCUUGUAAUAAUUUUGGUGCGUACUUUGUUUUGUUGUGUUGUAUGGGGGGUGAGAUUAUAAUUUCUCUGUAACAUGACAGUAGGAGUAAGUAUAGGGUGUGCGUCCUGCAGACCAUGAAGAUUGUAUUAGUCAACCCUUUAUGGAUUGAAGGGUAGAAUUGUAAUCUGACUUUUCUUA